UGAAGUAACCUAUCCCCACGGCCGCAGGAGACACACAACAAUCAGUUUGUUUGGAUCGUGUGGUUUGGGACGUGUUUGACAGUUGUCAGUACUACUGACAGUGUUUUAUGUUUUCUAUGUUGGCAAUAUGCCGGAGAUAAUAAAAUGCCGAUCGAGCGAUGCCGAGAAAAACAUGUAAACAUGUCAUUUAAAGCCGAUGAAGAAGGGACAGCCGCGAAUGUUAUCAGACAAAUUAAUGCCAAAAAUGCCAAAAUUGUCGCAUUUCUUGUGGUCAUUGGGUUCUGCUUUUACCAUGGCAUUCUUCACGUUCGUUACGGAAUAGAUUCCUGUAAGUGGCUAUUGACCGAUGGGCGUUAUAAAGGGGACAUGGAAUGGCAGCCCUACGGAUGUAUGAUGCAUCAGUACUCUGUCAAGGAUACACGGAGAUGUUUUCGUUACCUUUCAUUCUGGGGUAGAAGAAAUCACUUCGUCUUCAUUGGAGACACUCAAGUACAACUUCAUUAUCGUGCUUUGCUCCACCAAUUAGCAGGACACAAAAAGUCAGAGGCUGCCUUUUGGUCCCAAGCCAAGUCAAACCAAACACUUGAUGUGUUGCCUCAAAGUGACCAUGCAUUUCAUGAUUCUUUGCUUGGCUUACAUUUAGAGUACAUGUGGCAGCCCUACCUCACGGACAAUGUCACAAAGCAUAUUAGGAAUUGGGUGAAGGAAGGUGACCCUAAUGUAAUAAUCAUUGGGAUGGGAUCAUGGACAAUCAAAAGUUCUAUUAAUUUUGAACAUUCACUGAACCAAUUUGCUGUCAACCUUACUAGACUUGCACAGGCUCUGUCUCUCAGAAGAGAAGGUAAAUCAAGGAUUCUUUGGGUUCCAAUCCCCCCCAUUAAGGAAUCCACGGAACCAGAUACUACAGGAUCACUUCAACGAUUAUCUAACAAGCACAUCGAUCAGUUGAACAAGGCUGCUGUUGAGAUUUUGGAACAUAGUGGGGCUCAAGUUUGGUGGAGCUUAAGGCUGCUUGCUCAAGGACGUCUUGAUGAAAGCUUUGGCGAAGCUUAUCCUGGGUACCAUACCCUUUCACAAACUACUCAAAUUCUUCUUAAUGCAUACUGUAAUGAUCAUAUGAAUUUUAAAGAUGGCACUUGCUGUUGGAGUGCAGAGCCUUAUACUUCAUUGCAAGUUGUUACUUAUGCCUCCUUAUUUGUCUGUAUGUCCAUUGCCAUAGCCAUGGUGCUGUACCGAUCUUACAAAGGGGUUUAUUGCAAGUCUAACAUUAAAUAUGCUCCUCUGUCAACAAAUUUGGAUUUACCAGGAAGUGGCAAUCCUAUUUUAAACUCUAACUCUGGCCUUGACUUGCUUCCUAUGUUCUUUGCUUUAUCAAAACUACUUCUGAUAAUGGUUUUCUUCUACUUAUGUGACAGAACAAGUUUCUUCAUGAAGGAAAACAAAUAUUAUUCUCCCAUGAGUUUUUGGCUUCCUCUUGCAUAUAUGGUGGUUUUGGGACUUUUUUUUACUGAGGAAAGUCGCUACACCAAAGUGUUACACCGAGAGCAGACUGAUGAAUGGAAAGGUUGGAUGCAGCUUACAGUAAUGAUUUUCCAUAUGACUAAUGCUAAAGUUGUUUUGCCAAUUUAUAUGCACAUUCGUGUGCUGGCUUCAUCAUACUUAUUUCUUUCUGGAUUUGGACAUUUUUGUUAUUUUUGGCAAAGAGGUGAAGCUGGUAUUGUUCGAUUCUUUCAGGUUUUAUUCCGGCUAAAUUUUUUAUCAAUUGUAUUGUGUCUGGCCAUGAAUCGACCCUAUCAAUUUUACUUUUUCAUUCCUCUCGUAUCAUGGUGGGUGUUGACAAUAUUUGUGUGGUUAGCCCUACCACCAAGAGUUUCAGCUAUGUCAUCUGAUGGGAACCCCCUUCAGUUUCUUUCUCUUGUUUUGAAAUUUGUGGGGCUCAUAAGUAUAAUUACUAUCCUUUAUAUGUCUGAGGUCUUUUUUGAAAAAGUAUUUGUGACGCGUCCUUGGAAAGCCCUAUUUGUUACUACUGAUGAUGACAUUCAUGAGUGGUGGAGUAGAUGGAAGCUAGACAGAUAUAGUGUAUCGUACGGAAUGAUGUAUGCUCUGGGUCUGUUUCUUGCACAACGCCAUCAGCUACUAGAUGACAGAAACCAUAGCAAUUUGAUGUCUCCACGCCUCUCACUUUUGGCAGUUCUAGCAGCAUUUUGCGGUCUUGGUGGAUAUAUAGGGUUUUCAAUUCUUUGUCAUAAUCCUGAUGAGUGUAAUGAGAUACAUCCGUAUAUUACAUUUAUCCCUAUCAUCAGUUUUAUAACGCUUCGUAAUAUUUCUGGAAUACUGCGCACCCGCUACUCAACUUUCUUUGCUUGGUUUGGCAAAAUAUCGUUGGAGUUAUAUGUUUGCCAGUAUCACAUCUGGUUAGCGGCAGAUGCUAAUGGAGUGUUAGUUUUAGUAUCUGGAUACCCAGCUUUAAAUGCUAUUGUGACAUCAUUCAUUUAUGUUUGUGUUGCCCAUGAGGCUCAUGAAAUCACCAAAGUACUGAUGCCAUACUUUGUUCCAUCUGACUGGCAGAAAGUUUUGAGGAAUGCUCUUCUGUUUACUCUUGUACUAGUUCCAAUUGGUAUACAUGAUGGUAUGUUCUGACUGAGACCUACCUAAUAUAGGAUUAUUUUUUGAACUAAAUUGAAAAUACCUACCAAAGCUAAUUCUAUCCAUCUGAAUCCCAGUCAAUUAUGUAUUUCUGUUGCUCUAAGUUGUAAAGAAGAGUGGAGGCAGCUGAAAUGUAAGCUUCUAGGAUAACAAUGGCAUAUUUUGAUAUUUUUUUACUUAUGUUAGACAAACUUAUUUAGUGGUAAGUUGAAGUCUUGACCAAUGUGUGAUAAAUAGGAAGUUAAUGUUAGUUAAUUGAAUCUAUCUGAAAAUCAUUGUAAAUAUCUCUGUACAAACCAAGAGUCAUGGUACUCUUUCACUGCUCACAUUCAUCUUCUGGUCAUUGUGAAUGUGUACUGAGGAUUGAAGGCUGGCUGACUUCUGCAACAUCCUUACUCUAGGGGAUCAAAAUCUCCUGCAUUCAACUUACUCCCAUUAUAUUUGAAAAAAUAGCAAUAGUUUUGUUUCUGUUUUCAUGUGAAGCCUUAUAGGUAUACUGAUCUCAAUCUUUAUUGUCAUUGCUAUUGUACUCGUGUUGUGACUUACAUUUUUAUGUUGAAGUAUUUUAGAGAGUAUCUUGAAGUUUGGCAUAAGCUGGUUAUGUCUGUACUAUGUGAGUAUGUGAUGUGGAAGAAUGGAUGAAUUGGUUUGCUAACCAGUCUUGUAUCAGCUUCAAAGAAGCUACACUUUCAUUUUGAUGUAGCAAUAUUUUUGUGUCUGGCCUUGUCUGUCUGAUAACGGAUAAUACCAAAAAAUCUCUUUACCAAAACUUUAUUUUACAUUUCUAUUGAAUAUUACUUUUGUGUGGUUUUUGCCACUUUCAGUUUAGGACUCAGUUUUUCUUGUGUUAUUGGCUGUUAUAAAAUUGUACUUGUACUGUCAUUUUACUUUUAUAGAUAAAAUUGCAGAUACCAGAUUACAGAUUGACUUAUAAAUUUGAUCUCUUCGAUCAGGAUUUACACACCAUAGCUGACUUUCCAAAGACUUUUGUAAAAAUGUAACUAUUAAUUAAAGGAAUAUGUACAUAUCCUAAAAAAUACAGUAUGAAAACAGCAUUAGAUCCUAAAAACCAGGCAGAUUUCUUAAUUGAAAUUGAUCUUAAUUGUACCUUUAUUGUCGGUGUCUUUAAAUGUUAAGGUUAAUCACCCUUUCAUUAAAAAGAGCUUUAGAUAUUCGAAUAUGCUCAAAACCGAAUUGUUCCAAGUCUCAAAAUAAUUAAGUCUCCAAAUUUGUAUCUGUUUAGUCUGACCACUCUGCAAAUCUAAAUACAUCAGUUUCUGGUUAAAACUGGUAAACAAAAGUUUGACCCUUGAACCAGGUGAGCUUAACACCUCAAAGCCCAGGUGGGGUUGCAAACACAUCUUAUUGUGGCCAUAUGUUAAUGUUGUCCGGCAGUUGAAAGUGUAGAACAUCAAAGUUUGUUUUUUUUGUAAAAAUGAUGUUUACUUUUCUUUCCUAAAAAUUUGGUGUUCUUUUUGUUCAAGUGCUGUAUAAAAACUAUGCUCAGCCAUUGGGGUUAUUUAUUGUCAUGCUUUCAUGCACCUAAAUUUGAAGUGAAGACAACAUCGUUAUUAAUAUUUCAAAACUUGUCUUUAUACUUUCUUACAACGCAUUUUCUACCAUUAAUUUUUCCAAAGAACUUUUAUAUGCCUUGUACUUUUUUCUAUUUGUGUGCGUUUUUAUAUCUAGUGAUAGACCAACCAUAGCUUUAUUAAGGAUUGAUGUGAUAAAUGUAAAGACCAUUUUCUGUUUCAAAAUACUACCUUAAAAGAGUUUUGGCAAACUUUCUUAUAUUCCCUAGGACUAGUCACAGUAACAGUUAAUAUACUUGUUUGUUUGCCCACAGUCAUUAGAUUUUAUUAUUUUUCUGUAAAUGCUUGUUUAAUAAAUCUAUUUUUUAAAGUAGACUGUCACCCUUAUGCAUGCACAACUUGUUGUGUACCUCUGUACUUUACCCACUUUACUGCAACCUGUGAUUUUCAAGUUUGUUAGUGGUUAGUUAUCAUGUUAUGUUAAGUAACUUCGCAUCUUAAAAAUCAAAUUUUAGUAUUUUUACACAUUAUUUUAUUGCUCACGCAUUGUAUUAUCUUGUUUGCAAUCUGAAUAAUAAAAACAAGUUAUCAGAAUCAGUC